GGCUUCUUAUAAGAAUGUGUGAUUAUUCGUUCAGCUGUCAAGUAUUGGUAGCUAGAUAGGCAAUUAUUAAAUAACUGAUAAACUUUAGUACUUAUAUGUAGCUACAAUGGAAUAAGGAGAAGUUGUUAUGUGGGGGUGUUGCCAUGUAAGGAGAGGCGAUGUCGGACCUCGACCGCAGCCUCACAGCAAUAGAUUGGCUGCCAUGCCUCAAUGCCCACAACACAUUGCAAACAACAGAUGGUUCGGUGGAAAGCAGCAACAAUGGUGAAGUUGAUGCCAUGAUCCGAGAGUCAAAUGUUGGUUCGCCUAAUCGGGCCAAAGAUGGAAAACCGCCUUACAGCUAUGCAAGUCUAAUUCGUUUAGCGAUCAGUAAUGCACCUAAAGGAAAGAUGACUCUUUCGGAGAUAUACCAGUUCAUCAUUCAACAGUUUCCAUACUAUCGGGAUGCAGGAACUGGUUGGAAGAACUCCAUACGCCAUAAUCUGUCCCUUAACAAGUGCUUCACAAAGGUUGCACGUAGUAAGGAUGACCCAGGGAAAGGCAGCUAUUGGAGUAUAGAUUACAACACAAGUCAGGACGACGGCUUCUCGAAGAAGAAGAAAUCCAACUCUCAGUUGUUCAGGGCAUCACCAUACAGUCCAGAGUGCAGCAGCAACAGCAGUGACUAUAACACGUGUUCCUUCACAGCUUCUGGGGCUGCACGCCCAAAGGCGUCUGACUGGCCAUCAGCCCCAAACAGCAAGUAUGAGCAGCAGCAUUCUGUGAAAGCUGACUCUGGCUGUCCUGCUUCAGGUGACGGCGUGCAGCCGAACUUUGAGCCGGCAAGGGCGUCGGUGAGGGAUCAUGAAGGAAGUGGCAGUGAUCUGGGACAUCUGGAACUUAAUGACACCAAUGAGAUCUCAGCUGUUCUUAAUGGACUUCUCUCUCAGUAUGGAAUGAGUCUGGAAUCUGAGCAUCAUCAUCAUCAGCAGCAGCAGCAACAGAUGUCUACUGGUGCAUCUGGCAUGCUGUCUGGUGACUCCUCAUACGUGUCGCACAGUGCUGCUAAUGCAGAGUCCCCAUACAGCAGUAUCUUGCCAAGGAAUAUUAAUCAGUUAGACCCCUUUAUCCAUGUUCAGAGAGGACCUUCAAGUCUCAGUGAAUCUCCAUUCACAACCACUCCGAGAGGAGGAUCAGGGAAUGCCAAUGAUUCUCCAUAUACUGCUGUUCCAAGACGAGUGAGUACAGCCAGCUCUCCUUACAGCUUGGCGCCAAGAGGUGCCAGCAAUUCACCAUAUUCUGAUCUGUCACGAGCCUCCGGCUCUCAUGACUCCCCAUACACAGUCUCCCAGGAAGAUGGCUCUCCGUAUAGCAGUCGGUGUUCAAGCACGAUGGGGGCAAAUAAUGAAGCUUACUUAGCUUUGCCCAAUGGGGCUAAUACACCAAACGGCCAUUACUCUUCUGUUCCUGGAAACAGAUCUGUACCACAAAAUGACCCUUAUAACUUCCAGCUUGCUUCCAGUGGGCCUUAUAUGAAACUCCCGCACAAUGAAAUAUUUCCUAGCAGGCAGGAUCCUUAUUCUGACUCAUAUCCAGGUAUUUCCAAAGAAAUCUUGAACAGAGGAAGUCAUGACAUAAUAUAUCCGAAUGCUCUAAGUGGCUCCGAUAAUCCAUAUCAUGGCGGGGCGUCUGAUCCGCAGUACUCAGAUGUUGAAAGUGGUGCCUCAUACAGCAGUAUCCAGUCAGGUGCACCUGGUUCCUGUGGAAGUCCAUACGCAAGACUGCCCGUGGAUAGUAAAUCUAAUGGAAGCUCCUAUGUUAAUGUUCUUGGUGGAGGUAACAGCGUUCCAUAUUCGGGUGACAGUAACAGCUACAGCAGGACCAGUACUCAUGAUGGUAACUAUGUUGGCAGCUCUCACGAUAUUCCUCUCUCGAAUAGCAAAUCUCAUACUCGCAGUCAGAAUGACUCUAGUAACUCUUUUAAUCAUGACUCUUCCAUGAAUGUACUGUACAGUCCUAACAGUGGGCAUUAUCACAGCGCUAACGUCUCAAAUACGGCCAGUGCAAAUGGCGCUGCUUAUUCUAGUGCAUACAAUAGUAGGAAUCCAGUGACCUCUCGUGAGUUUGAAGGUUCGACAUUAGACGACAUGAUCGAGAUGGUACCGAAUCACAGUUUUAACAGCGGCGGCCGGUCUGAACAAACAUUUCAAGAAGGUGGUAGUUUUGUUUCUGGGCAAUCAAAACAUCAUGGGAUUCAGUCCGUAAACUGCGCUGUCUUUCGGAAUAACGACUGUAAAGUCAGUGGUAGCCCUUCCUCUAUGGAGCACGUGUUUCGAAGUAAAGACUGUGGGAGUGGUGGAUGCUCGACUGCAGAGCACAAUUUUCAGGCGAGUGAGCGCGGCGAGGAAGGGCCACCGAUGUCAGAACGAAACAGCACCGACAGUCACGUAAACUCUGAUAGGUAUGCAAGUGGUGGAUGCCCACAAGGCCUGCUUGUUCAUCGUGCGAACUACAGCCGUGGUGAAGUGAUGAACCCGCCUGCGUUAGCAGAUCGCCACUCAGACGAUGAAAUAGAAGAUGAUUUCAAUUGGGAUCGCCUCUUAUAACAUCAGCUCCACACAGUUAGGUAUGACAUUACUGUGUAGAGAAUUACAGUGUUUUUCAUUAUUGUCAUUGUUUGUUGUUGACUGAAAGUUAACAAAGGAACAUCAGAUUACUAAAAUUAAUUAUACCAUCGUCACAAUAACAUUUUUUACUAUUUUAUUUUAAUAUACUAAACCGCAAAUGAUGGUUGUAUUGUUGAUUAAAUAUUGACAUUUUGACUACCAGUGGUUUUGGGGGGAGGGGUUGUAUUCCUUGAUUUUUCGUUGUGUGAGAUUAAAUUUGUUUUCCCCAAAUGAGAUUAUGAACAGCGUGUUUCUUCAGUCAACCAAACUCUACUUUCAGUUUUUGUGUUUACUCGAUAUAUUAAUAUUUCGUUGACCUUUGUUAACAUUAUGCUAUUUAUAUCUACAGAAUGUUGUUGGCGUAUACAUAUGUUGUAUUUAUAUGGGUUUAUAUAGCGGAAUAUUUUGUUAAGAUCUGUAAAAGUUUGUAUCAGACCUCAUCUUUAUGUUUUAUUAAUACUUUGAAAACUGUUAUUGUUAAUAUAGUGGAGGAAAGAAAUUCAAAAAAAAAAAAAAA